GUGGAGCGGGGGGGCACCCACGGGAGAAGGGGCAUCGCCCGUGGCCGUGGCCUUGCCGGCUCGCCCUGCUCUGGAUGGUAGCGACCUGCGUGCAGGCUGCCAUGGCUCUGGGGCCCUCCGCCAAGAAAGCUUCCUCCCGAAACAUCGCCGUAGAGAGAAAGAACCUCAUCACCGUCUGCAGGUUCUCGGUGAAGACCCUGCUGGAGAAAUACACAGCAGAAGCCAUUGAUGAUUCCUCUGAGGAGUUUGUUAACUUUGCUGCAAUCCUUGAGCAGAUCCUCAGCCACCGCUUUAAAGGCCCCAUCAGCUGGUUCAGCUCAGAUGGACAGCAUGGGUUUUGGGACUACAUCCGUCUGACCUGCAGCAAGGUCCCCAACAACUGUGUCAGCAGCAUUGAGAACAUGGAGAACAUCAGCACCUCCAGGGCCAAGGGCCGGGCCUGGAUCCGCGUGGCACUGAUGGAGAAGCGCAUGUCCGAGUACAUCUCCAUGGCGCUGCGGGACACGAGGACCACGAGGCGGUUUUAUGAUGAUGGGGCCAUCAUGCUGCGGGAGGAGUCCAUCGUGCUCACAGGGAUGCUCAUCGGGCUCAGUGCCAUUGACUUCAGCUUCUGCCUGAAGGGUGAGGUGAUGGAUGGUAAGACACCUGUGGUCAUCGACUACACACCCUAUCUGAAGUUCACACAGAGCUAUGACUACCUGAGCGAAGAGGAGGAGCGGGGCAGCGUGGAAAGCAGCACAAGUGAGGACAGCUCCCCUGAACACCCCUACCUGCCCCUGGUCACUGAUGAGGACAGCUGGUACAAUAAGUGGCGCAAGAUGGAGCAGAAAUUUCGCAUCGUUUAUGCCCAAAAGGGGUACCUGGAGGAGCUGGUGCAGCUGCGGGAGUCACAGCUAAAGGACCUGGAAGCAGAGAACAAGUGGCUGAAGCUACGCCUGGAGGAGGUGAUGGUGCAGAACCAGUUGGAGAAGAGGGAACUGGAGGGCAUCAUCCUGGAGCUUCAGGAGCAACUGACAGGGCUGAUCCCCUGUGAGAAUCCUCAGCUGGCCCAGCUCUCCAAGGAGAUGGUGCCCCCCUUGGUGAACCAGUGGCCCUUGCUGGGGACCCUCAAUGGCAAUGAGAGCAGCUCGGACAGCAAGUUCUACCGGAGGCACAGUGUGAGCACCGACCAGCUCUCAGCAGAGAACAGCCUCAGCUCCGACUCCCAGCGCCUGGGCAAGGGCAAGCGCAAAGGGAAGGAUCCCACACCCUCCAUGCUGGGGCCCUGCGGCUCCCUGGCCUCCCUGCCCAGCUGCAAGUCCCUGACCAGCCUCAAGUCUAACGAGUGGCUGGUGAGUGAUAGCACGGAAGCCAGCCCAACCCGCAGCACAAGCUGAGGCUCCUGGCCCCGUGGCCUGGCCCCACUGUGGAGGACUGACUUCAGCCUCCCCAUUGCCGACCCCCUCAGGGAGGCCAGAGACAGGCAACUCCCUCUCCUGAUCUUGACAUCCCCCUGUGGCUGCAGCUUGGUCCCCCGAGCCCUGGGCCCUGGCUGGAGACAUAGACCCACAGGGAUGGGACCCCACAUGAGCUGUGGAGUCUCCUUCCUUGGAGGUCUUCAAGACCUGCCUGGACAUGUUCCUAUGUGACCUGAUCUAGGUUGAUCUGCUUCUGCAGGGGGG